AUGUCUCACGCCACUGUUCACGUUUCUGGCAUCUCGUCAACAACCUCCGAGAAGGAGGUUCGUGACUUCUUCAGCUUCUGUGGAAAAAUUGUCACCCUCUCUAUUACCCCAGUUUCUGGUGAACCCGACGCUCAAAAGUCCGCCACCGUGACUUUUGAAAAAGAAGCCGCUGCCAAGACUGCCCUCCUCCUAGACCAGACUCAACUAGGCACCUCUGCCGUGCACGUCGAAGCAGCCCACAAUAUCGAAGACCUAGCCGGCGCCCAAGCCGCCCCCGCAGGUAGCGAGACCAAGGAUGAAGAGCACCACAUCGCACAAGAAGAUAAACCCCGCUCGCGCAUUGUCGCAGAGUACCUGGCGCACGGAUACGUGGUGAGCGACAAUGCGAUCAUGAAGGCGAUCCAGCUGGACAAGAAGCAUGGAGUCUCGAGCCGUUUCACGUCGGCGCUCACCAACUUCGAUAAGAAGUACAAUGCCACCGAGCGCGCUAAGGGAAUUGACGAGAACUACCAGAUCUCCAAUAAGGCAGCCUCUGGCUGGCGCGGCCUGAGCUCUUACUUCGAGAAGGCCCUUGAGCACCCCUCCGGUCAGAAGCUGCGUGACUUUUAUGUUCAGACCGAUAAGCAGGUGCGUGAUAUUCACGCUGAGGCUCGUCGUCUGGCAGAUCUGAAGCAGGGUAAGAGUGGUGAGGCUACGCCUGCUGCUACCGCUGAGCCUGAGGCUCCUGCUGCUGCCCCUGCUCCUGCUCAGCCUGAGGCUGCUGCUGCGCCUUCUGAGAAGGUGUAA